UCCCCCAUCUCGGCCAGCCAGCAUAAAUUGGCAUCAACACAAUCAAUUGUUGGCGAUUUAUACAAUGAGCUUCUUCUACUUCUAGUUGUUAUAUAUUUUAAAUACCUAAUUUUUCUCCAAAUCUGAUGUCUCGUUCCCUUCUCAUUUCAGGUGUCGGGUUGAGCGCGAACUAUCCUAAUGUCGUCUGACGACUAUGCGCCUGGAAACGAUGCGCUCCUUUCUGUCGACGAGACGCGCGUUCAACUCUCUCAGAGAGAUCUCUCUCUUUCGAUUCCUAUUAAUUUUAUGACCGUUCCGGGGGUAUCCCUUACCGCGGCAUGCUUUGGGGAUCGAGUGAUUGGUGAAGGCGAGCUGUCGCGAUGUUUCUCAAAUCUCUUGUCAGUAGGAUUCCGUCGCUUUGAGCUGGACCUGUAUUGGGAUGCUGGACGAAGUUUGUGGAGUUUCUGUCCUGUCGAAAUGAAGCAAAUGCCAGGAAACGACAACGGCAGCUCUUCCUUGUCGCAAAGUCGCACGACGCCUGCAACCACAACGAAUCAAGGUAGCCUAUCAUUUCCAGCCGGUGUGGCAACUUCAAUAUCAGCACAAGGUACCAAUGAUGCUUUGCUUGUCUCGGGAACAUCAGAAGGUUCAUCCGGCCCUCCGGCGCCAACACCAUCAAGUGAGCCGAUGCACGCGGAGGGACCCUACACGUGCUCGCCCGCGGCGACUCUAGAGACGUUUGGACACCAAUUGCACAGCUAUCUUGUAGAUACACAGAACACACUGGCGGCUCAGAUCUCAUAUUAUGUGUUUAACAUCCACGCCGCGGCAUCACCGACGUCACCCGAUUCCCCGGCGCAAGCUCCUACUAAUCCCCCUGUUGGCGGGGAACUCAUCGGGGGCAUGCUGAGCAGCAAUCUCACUUCAUACAUAUACUCCCCAAUUAAUCUAUCCAACAACCGAGCCAACCUGAACUCGUCGUGGUACACCGUCCCCGAACGCUACCGGCCCGUGUCGGACUACUAUUCCAUCGCAAUAGACGACAACGGCGUUUGGUCCACCGACGAUGGCUGGCCCUCGGAAUCCUUCAUCGAGUUCUCCAGUCUCAAACGUGUUCUAUUCCAAUUCGGCACCAUCGACCCCCAAAUGCAAGGCGCCGACUACACCCCCGACACCUCCAUCCUCUUCCCCCCAGGCUACAUCACCCAACCCCAACCCGGCGUCUCGCUCAACUCCACCGACCGCCUCACCAGCGGCUGCUACCUGCACUCCCCGCCCGCGACUCCCUCCAACACCAACUCCUCCUGGGCAACCUACGCCCUCACCACCCCCCCCACAAACAGCACCCUCACCUCCCUAACCACCUGCGGCAUCUCCCCCCACCUAAACACUACCCUCACGGCCCCCGCCUCCACCUGGCCCCUCCCCUACCGCUCCUUCGCCCUCUCAACCCACUGGUCCUGGGCCCCCUCCGAACCAACAAACUACUCCAUGAGCCUCUCCCCCGCCAACGCCGCCCUCAUGCGCUGCGCUGUCGCCUCCCCAUCCGGAUCCUGGGCCGUAGCUUCAUGCGCUGAUAAAUACUUCAUCGCCUGCCGCUCAUCCCCGUUCAACUGGUCCAUCUCUGACCACCCCGUCGCUUUCCCCUUCGCCGCUUCCGCUUGUCCACACGGCACUACGUUCGUGGCCCCGGCUUCGGCGCUGGAGAACGCGUAUCUCGCGCAAGCGCAACAGGAUACCCAUCGCGAUUACGACAGGCGGGGCGUGUUCGUCGCUUUCAACUCCGUGCAAGUCGACGGAUGCUGGGUCAUUGGUGACGCCGACGCAGAGUGUCCGUAUGAUCGCGUGACGCUCCUUUCGUUUGCGAGGGAGAGGGAGAUCGUGGUACCGACUGUGGCGGCAGUUAUUAUUCUGGUGAUCAGUGCAUUGACGGUGUUUAGUAAGGUGGCGGGGAAUAGGAGGGUGGGGAGGGGGAGGAGGGGGAGGGAUAAGUGGGGGAGGGCAGCGGCGAAUGGGUUUGUUUAUGAAGGGGUGCCUUUGUAGUGUGUAUGAGAAGGGGGUGUUUUUGUUUUAAAGGGGGACUUUUGCUUUUAGGGGGAAUGGGGGAAGGCGUUCAGGUGGUGAGACCGGGUAUGAUCUUUGCAUUUUACAGCUGGGAUGGAUCUUUUGAUUGCAGUUGAGAGGGAAAGAUGGAGCCAGGACCAGGGAGCAAGGAAAGGAGAGAAACAGGAGAUGCCACACGUGAUCCUGCCAACAGUCAUCAUGUGACAUCUCCCUCGGAUUUCUCGGCGUCGACGGUCCAGCCAUCCGUGGUUCACAGCCAGUGGUUCACAGUAAUACACAGUACAACAAAUGUGACAAAGUACCUCCACACCCACUGUCGUACGAGCGAGUACAACAGCGCCACAGCCACAACGGCAACUUUCGUAUUCGGAUCGGAUCCUCAGUGUAGGCUGGUGAUUGGUGGCGGUCCCUUGCAUUGCUUAUUUUGCAUCUCACGAGCAUCUUGCGGGAGCGUCUGGCUUGCAUUAGGGGCGGUGUGUAUCACUCACUUACUGGAAGCUGGAAGUUAGAGUGCUGAUGCAAGAACUUUCAACGCCGUCACCACGAUAAUGAGGAGGGGGAUGAGGGAGAGUGGUGCACUAAUUUGACGUAAUUAGGGGGGGGAUUAUAGUAGUAGAAUGGGGGGUUUUAGGGAUGCAUAUCCUCAUUUCCAGCGUACAUAGCGCUACACUUCCACUAGAGAUACCCUAGAGAGCCCUAUUUCGGGGGCAUACCGUUCGAUUCUAUCACUUCUUGCUUGUAAUCCGG